GCGAUGUUCGAGUUCGACUGUUGAUUUCGAGUUCGAUGGCGGUCUUGAGUUCGACGGCGUUGCAUGGUUGGUUUGUUGCGAUGGAUAGUGGGGAUCGAUUGGGAGUAUUGGGCUUGGAGAGUGUGGGUGCAUGAUGUGGUUUGGUUUGGUUUGGGUACUUGGGUCUACGAUGAUAUCCUGUGGAGAGCAUGAUGAGAUGUUUUGCUUACGUGGUUAUGGAUUGGGCGGGAUUUUCUUGCUGGUUUGGCGUAUGGAUAGUGGUUUUGGGAUGGGAAUAGGAAUGGGAUGGGAUGCAGUUGGCGGAUCUUGUCUGGGUCUUUCUCGUUAUUGUUUUGUUUGGUUGGUCUCGGCUGGGUACGAGAAUUAGUCUAUGUCUGUUUAUGAGUUUAAUGCAGAGUUUUGACUGUAA